CUCUUGGACCUAGCGAUAAGGACACAGAAUAAGCGCACUCUAAAUCUGAUACUCAAGGCCGCCAGUGCCAUCUCAGAACAAUGCAACGCAUGACCGUAUGUCUCGUUCUAGGGCUCUUAUCACCCGGUUUAUCUGUCCAGAUAGCGAAAUAUGCUUAUCUUUCUAACACUACCAGCAAGAUAUACUCCCUCCCGCAAGAACUCAUUGACGCCAUCAUCGAUGAGAUAUAUAACAACUCCGACACAAAGACCGCACGGCGCAUCCUCAAAUCGUGCAGCCUCAUCAGCAGGAUCUUCCUCCGCAGAGCACGAGAGCACCUAUUCCGCCACAUCACGAUUCGGUCGAUCUCUGAGUGUCAAAAAUUCCUUACCCUCUUCCGAGUCCACUCGUUCACCACAUCCCUCACCAUCAUAUUCCAGAGUCCUUGGCCCCACGUUAGAGGCUACGAAACGAUAUCCACCUUAACGGAGCUUCCUUCACUUAUUGACGUGCUCCACAACGUCAAUACUAUCAAGCUCUGCGGGAUGGACUGGAAAUCCAUAUCUCAGCGAUUCAUUGAUUCCCUGGCAUCACGGCCCUUCGUGUCCAUCACCCUUAUGCACACGCAUUUUCCCGAUUCCAACGCUUUCUACUCUUUCCUAUCUCACUCACCCAAUCUGAGUCAGUUCUCCUGCUUCAAAACGACCAUCGAUAGUAAUGAUCGUCCUCCCUUCGGCGCUGGUUUCGAUGCUUCUCAUCGGCCGCGUAUCACCGAGCUGUCUCUCCGUAAAAUGAGUCAGAUACCAGCUAUACUGUCAACACCUGCUCUCUCCCCUGUCAAUCUGGGCCGACUGCGUGUUCUUGACGUAUUCCUAGAGGAAGCUGGCCAGUUUGAUCAGGCGCGUCGACUGAUGAACCUGACUGCGCAUUCUCUCGAGGUUCUUCGCGUCUCUCAAUUGUUAACACGACCAGCAGAUCGGUCCCAGUAUCUCCCCAUUGAACGCUUGAAAUCUAUCGUCAUCGAGACAAAUGAUUCUCGCCUAAGGCAAGAUGUCUUCGACUGGUGGAUCGAACAUUUUGAGAGGUCCCCAACUAUGCAAUGCUCUUUGGACUACACUGGUUGGAAGAGAUUGGAUAUUGCUCUAUCUCGCACCUCCCUCCGCUCGCUCGCUGUCACUGUCUUCAUGAUAAGUGCCAAGACACUAUUUUCGAAACAUUCCCACAUCAAAUCCGUUAUUGAGGAAAAUCUCCCUAUUUUGAUUAGCCGCGGGAUUGCGCGCGUUCAUGUUGAUUUGUACAAGAAACCAGCUGUAGGAGGAAAUUUUCUUAUACACUAAGGAAAGACAUUGAGCCAUAUCUUGCGUCUGAGUGUUAUGGAUAUCCGUAGUUAGAGCCCGCACUUGCCCUUUCGGAUAUCGGCCCGAUCCACCACGCAGAUUCUCUCUCCUUCGUCGCUACUUUCUACGUACUUCUUUUUCUUUCUUUAACUCUCUGGUUACUUCUAAAUACUAAAACAACUAGCAUAUUCUAUAUAUACUUCGAGAACUCCAGUAGAUAGAAUCAUCCAAAUUAUCACUGAGUUUUUUACUCAUUUCAA